AUGAGGUCUUCCUCGACUUCUUCGAAUUUUACGGAUAUAAUAAAUAUAGAAGCGAGAACUCAGAGACUGGAUGUCGAUAAUCGUGAGAUUGGUGCAACUAGUAGUUUGAGUAAAAGAGAAUUGUUUGAUUUCGAUUUACGAGCUGAUAGGAAACGGAACCAAACUAGCGUCAAUGGAGAAGCUUCACCUGUUGCUGACAUUUUUCGAGCAGAGAAGAAUAUCAUAGAUUUGUAUGUUUUGUUACUAAGGUUUUCAAGCUUGGUCUCAGAAACAAUACCAUGUCAUAGAGAUUAUAGGGCAUUCCCCCAAAGCAAAAAAGAUUACUUAAGAAAGAAAUUUUUGAUUGCUUUGGGUGAGUUGGAGAAGUUGAAGCCAGCAGUACGACAAAGGAUAAAUGAGUUGAAUGGAAAACAUACACAUCAAGUCAAUGGAUGGAGCUAUAACCAUCAAAAUGAUCUUUUAGAUAAACCUCCUUUUAAUAAGAAAACCUUGAUUGGCAAUGUUGUGACAAAGGUAGUGAGACCAGUUGCUGGAGAAUCCGUGUAUCAAGGUUCAACAACUCAACAAUAUUCAUAUGUUAGGCCAGUGCAACAGCAGUUCAGCAGAGUACCAAACGAGGAGACCCUCUCUAGACAUUCUAUAUUUGGACCUAAUGGCCUUAAUGGGCAGUGGCAACCACCAAGGACUAAUGAAGGGGUCAAAUACCCAAGCAUCAUCGACUUAACACCAGUUGAAAUCCCAAGAAGAAAUGUUCUAUCCAUGAUAAAUCUUGUUGCAUCUGUAUUUGAAAUAUUUCUGGUUUUGGAUUCAUUCAUUGGGCAAUCUCUGUGUAGAAACAGGCUGGUGGAAUCUGUAAAAGACGAACUUUCUGUAAAAUCAGAGCUUAGCAGCUCAGAACCAGAAAGAUCAAGUUUAGAACCAAUUCUUACCAUGCAUGAUGAUAAUCAGAUGCACCGUGAUGAGGAACCUUGUUCUUUGAUUUCUUUUGAAGCAACAGAAACCCCCAAACCCCCAACUGUUAUUAGGCAACCUUCUCCUCCCCCUGUUCUUGCAGAAGUACAAGAUUUAAUCCCUGCGACACCUCCCCAGUUAUCUGUUCCUGCAGAAGUACAAGAUUUAGUCCCUGCGACACCUCCCCAGUUAUCUGAGGCAGAACAUAAAGUGGACAUUUCCUCACCUGAUGGUUUAGUUUGUCCCGAAUCUCCCCUGCAACUGCACAUUUCAACUACAUUGAUGGAGAACUUCAUGAAGAUGGCAAAGUCAAAUACUGAUAAGAAUUUAGAAACUUGUGGUGUCCUUGCUGGUUCACUUGUAAGUCCUGAUAGCCUAAAGGUUAUUGGUUUUGAUAUUUCAAUGUAUAAUUCUGAUGGUCCAAUCAUCUCUGCUUUGCAGAAAAACAGAAAGUUCUAUGUUACAGCUCUCAUUAUUCCAAAGCAGGAAUCAACAUCAGAUUCGGAUGUGUCUCUGCAUUUGGUAUCCAUCUACUCUACUGAACUGAUAUGUUCCUUGGCUGGGAUAUCCUACUCUUUUUCUUGUUUGCCCUUUUAUGUGCCACAAAAUUUAGCUUUAUGCAUUGCAGAUUUGAACAUGAAGGGUUAUUACCUCCACCAUAUAUUGACCCAUCCGACACAGUCUUGUUUCAUGUCAUCAAUUGAUGUUCACACCCAUUACUCAUAUCAGAUUAUGUUGCCAGAAGCUGUUGCCAUUGUCAUGGCCCCAAGAGAUUCUUCAAGAACCCAUGGCAUCUUUAGGUUGACAACUCCAGGUGGAAUGUCGGUUAUCAGACAGUGCCAGAAACGGGGAUUUCAUCCACAUGAUCCACCUACAGAUGGUGGGCCCAUUUACAAGGCCUGUACAGAUGUUUAUAUGAAUCCCAACCUAAAACUUGAUAUCAUUGAUCUUCGAUGA